AUGCCGCGUGAGAUCAAGAACCUCAAGGAGUUCCUUGCUAUUUGCAGUCGCAAGGAUGCCCGUUGUGUGAAGGUGAAGCACAACCCGAAGGUGACCAAAUUCAAGGUCCGUUGCAGUCGCCACCUUUACACCCUCGUGAUGGCUGACAAAAAGAAGGCUGACAAGAUCGAACGCUCCAUCCAUCCAUCCGUAAAGAAGAUCACCGUCACUUCCCGUUCGCACGCCAACAAGAACACACCGAGCAAAUGA